UCUCUUGGGCGAUGUGCAGCUGAAGGUUGUCUGGACGUGUGCCGGGGAUGUAUGCCACCGAGUGCCAGGCUGAAGUCACGCCAUCUCACAACAAUGGGAACCGCCAAUUCCACUACUCCCUGGCGGAUCACACCAACCAGGCCUUCCAGAUCAUGAACGAGCUGCGGCUGGGACAGCAGCUCUGUGAUGUCACGCUGAAGGUCAAGUACAAUGACUUGCAGGCAGAUUUUGUGGCCCAUAAAAUUGUCCUGGCUUCCAGCAGCCCCGUCUUUAGGGCCAUGUUUACCAACGGGCUUCGGGAGUGCGGCAUGGAGACGGUCACCAUUGAAGGGAUUCACCCCAAAGUCAUGGAGCGCUUGCUGGAGUUCGCCUACACAGCCAACAUCUCUGUGGGGGAGAAGUGCGUCAUCCAUGUCAUGAAUGGAGCCGUCAUGUAUCAGAUGGACAGCGUGGUCAAAGCGUGCUGCGACUUUCUAAUCCAGCAACUGGACCCCAGUAAUGCCAUUGGCAUCGCCACUUUUGCCGAGCAAAUUAGUUGUCUAGAACUUCACCAGAAGGCCCGGGAGUAUAUAUACAUGCAGUUUGGAGAGGUAUCGAAGCAGGAGGAAUUUUUUAACCUGACCCGCUGUCAGCUGGUGAACCUGAUUAGCCGCGAUGACUUGAACGUGCGCUGCGAGUCUGAGGUCUUCCACGCUUGUAUCAACUGGGUGAAGUAUGACUGUGAGAACCGGCGACCCUACAUCCAGGCUCUGCUCCGUGCCGUGCGCUGCCAUUCGCUCACCCCCAACUUCCUGAAGCUGCAACUCCAGCGCUGUGAAAUCUUACGAGGAGACACCCGCUGCCAGGACUACCUGUCCCAGAUCUUCCAGGACCUGACUCUGCACAAACCUACGGGACCUCCUCAGGGGAGGAUCCCCAACGUUCCGCAAUUCAUCUACGUGGGAGGGGGUUACUUCCGGCAGUCACUCAACUUUAUGGAGGCCUACAACCCCAUGGAGGGCGAGUGGCUGAGCCUGGCUCCGCUGGAGACGCCUCGGAGUGGCCUUGCUGGGUGUGUGCUCGGGGGUCUCUUUUAUGCCGUGGGAGGCCGCAACAAUGCACCCGACUGCAAUGAAGACUCCAAUGCCCUGGACUGCUACAAUCCCAUGAACAACCAGUGGUCUCCAUGUGCGCCGAUGAGCGUGCCCAGGAAUAGGGUGGGCGCUGGAGUUAUAGAUGGCCAGAUUUACGCCGUGGGUGGAUCUCAUGGAUGUCUCCAUCAUAACAGCGUGGAGAGGUGGNNNCCCGAGAAAGAUGAGUGGCCGCUCGUAGCUCCAAUGAAGACCCGCCGGAUUGGAGUGGGUGUGGCCGUCCUGAACCGGCUCCUCUAUGCCGUGGGCGGCUUCGAUGGGACGAAUAGACUGAGCUCAGCCGAAUGUUAUUACCCGGAGACGGACGAAUGGCGGGACAUUGCGAGCAUGAACGUUGUACGCAGCGGUGCCGGGGCCUGCGCCAUGGACACCAGCGUGUACGCCAUGGGGGGAUACGACGGGAGAGACCAGCUGAACAGUGUGGAGAAGUACGACAUCGAGAAGAACUCCUGGACUUUUGUGGCCCCCAUGGCACACCGUAGGAGCGCGUUGGGAGUCACCGCUCACCAGGGGAAGAUCUACGUAUUAGGCGGAUAUGACGGGACGACGUUUUUGGACAGCGUGGAAUGUUACGACCCCGCCCAGGAUACGUGGACAGAGGUGACGCAAAUGUUGUCGGGGCGGAGCGGCGUCGGCGUGGCGGUCACCAUGGAGCCGUGCCGCAAAAACCAGUGCGGGGACAUCCUACCCGAGAAGCAGGAGGGGAACCCGUCGGAGAAACAGCGAGGAAACUGCUUCUUCUCCUCGCUCUGCAAGAAGUAACCGCGGCCCUUGCCGAUCGGCAUCAGCGCAGUAUUAC